UUUAUUCGCCAUACUUUCAUUCAGAGAAAAAGGAAGCAACAUGGAUGAAGGAGCAAUGAACCAUCUGGCGUCAACUUCAUUUCCAAUUAUCCAUGGCAAGGAUGAAAAUGAGGAUUUAGCAAACAAAGUACUGGAGCUCCAGGAAGGACUUAAAGACCUUCUUAAGCGUGUAGCAGCAGUACAUGAAGAGCAUGAUAAGAAACGGGAUGAUAAUGCAGUGUUACAGCAGUAUAUUGCUAACUUGAUGAACUCGAAUGCAGUACGAGGUGACAUUGGAAGUAAAUAAAAAAAAUACCGAUAACCUUCUUUUGGGGCUCUUGCUAGCACUUCAAAGAUCAAAAGAACACAGCACUAAUAUCUGUAGCGAGGAUAAAUAACAGCUUUUUUUAAGGCCUACUCGUCCGUACCCUCAGGCAUCACAAUAAGGCUAGCAUUGGGAU